AGAAAGAGGGAAAUAUAGAAAGGACAAAAAGAAAUAGUGAAAGAAAGUCAGAGAAAGAAAGGAGCGAAGGAAGGAAGGAAGGAGAGAAGAAAUAAAACACGUGAACGCUUAAAACAUAAAAACAAUCAGGACAAAUAUUAAGUGCAGAAGACGUGUGAGAAGUCAGUUGCAAAAAACGCAAUUCGGAUAAGAAUUAUGCAGCAUUAACAGUGUUCUCUCCUCAGACACUUUGAUAAUUUCAUAUGUAAAGGAAUUAAAGGAAUUUAACUAGCUGCUUAAACGGAUAACUAAAUAGAUUUGUCUUGAAAAUGUCGAUGAAUGUAGGAGACAGCACAGACCUCAUCAAUGGAGGAGGCAGCGGACUUGCGGUGUUCUGGCGCUCCCGGACGGGCUUCGAGAGAAAGCUGCUGCUUGUGUUGACGGUCUUGACGCUCACCGUGAUCGGGCUGAUCGUGGCAGUUGCUGUUUUGGCCUCGAAAGAAAACAAGUGCAGGUCCUAUUAUGGCGACGUGCCUACAGCAGAACACACAACGCUGCCGACAAAAGUUUCAUCUCUUCAAAGUAACAAUGAUUUUCUCGACUCCAGUAAACCUCCAGGUAUCACUGUUGCGUCAGUUAAAUCUGUCGAGAAAGAUGUACGUUGGCGUAGACUGUAAUUGGUAGGAGAAUUUGAGUAAUGAUAAUGAUAAAUGUAAAGGCUCCAGCACUAAUGCGGAGUGGAUAAUGAUGGUAUUGCUAAGAUGAGAUAAAAGGUUAAUGAUAAUAGUAAUAAUGGUGAUAAGAAAAGGUUUAAUGAUAAUGAUAAAGAUGACAAUAAGAAAACGUUUAAAGAUACAGCAAUAUGAUUAUAAGAAAAUAUGUUACUGAUAACAAUAUUAACUAUAAAGAUAAUGAUAACAGUAGUCAUACUAAUAGUGAUAAUGGUAAUAAUCACAUAGUUAUCAUACUUGACAGGUCAGUGAUGACUGGCUGGAUUUUCCGAACAAAAGGAUUUGGACUUUAUCCAACAUAUCAAAAUAUAUUUGUAUAUAAAUUGAUAGGUCCAACAUACUUGAAUUACCAACCUGCCAAAUGCACCAUUGCUUCACCAAAAAGAUGAUUAUAAUAACAAUGGCGACAGAAAUCACAUUUAAGAGACAUGACCAUAAGAAAGGUCAUAUAUAAGCAUGUAAACUCGACGGAAGGUACUGGCUUACAUACAACCGUUACUGAGUUACUGAAAAAAAUAUGAUGACGCAUCUAGCUAUAUCUGAUAUUCCAGUUACUCUACCCCUUUUUUGAACCUCAAUCUGUGCGAUAUUCUAUGGUAUUUUCUCAGUUCAUUUUCUUUGAAAGUGAUUCAGUAAUAACAGUGUAUAAAAAUUAUCUGAAGAAGAAACCAAUAAAAGAUAAUAAAAAAAAACUUAAUAAUUGCAGUAUAUUGGCCGUUGCUAACUAGGAGUUUCAUCAAGACAGAAUGUGUUAAAAUAUCAUUAUUGGUAUAUCAUUAUUAAUAUAUCAUUAUUUUUACUACUACUAUCGUUAUUGAUACUAUCAUCUUUAUCAUUGUUAUUUGUAGUAGUAGUUGUUGUAUUACUGUUAUUAUCAAUGAAAUUAUAAAAUCAUUAUUAUCAAUAUAUAAUCUAUCAAAGGGUUACUAUAUUUCUUCGUUAUUGAGGUAAAAUGUAUCUUUUAAUUUUUUUAAAUGUAAUUCAGCUAUUGCAAUCUAUUUUUUCAUUAACAACCAAUGAUGUAAUUAUAUUUGUUGAAAAAAUACAUUUUUGAAUCUUAUGUAAACAUGACUUACUACUAUAGCCACCUUGCAAAAUUUUCAAUGUAAUACAGUGUGUGGUAAAAAAACUUUUUCUUGGAACAUAUAUUUGUUACAUAUUAUUUUGUAUUGUAUAUAACACGUUGUUGUUUUGCCAUAAUUUAUUUGGAAAAAAUGUUAGAUUUUCUCUUCAAAGUUAAUUUAGAUCAAAUUUACUGUAGAUAAAAUAAGAUAAAUAUCAUGAUUUUGUGUAAAUACUUUUUUUAAUGUUUAAAUGUUUUUAAAUGGUUUUGAUUGUACUCUUUAUACUUAUCAGAACUCUAUUAUACUUUGGCAAAUUAAGUAACCAUUUCUUUAUAAAGUAAAUAAUACAUGGAUAUAAUAAAUUAGGAAACAAGGGAACGUUAUAUCUACAAGGGAAAAGGUUUGGUUAAUCAUAAUUAACUUUUAUGAUGAUAUUUACUGUUCUUGAGUAAUGUUAUUUACGAAGGUUCCGUUCUCUAUGUAUGGAUCCACGGUAUUCACGUCUUUCAAAACCGUUAAUUCACUCGUAUCGUACUAGUAUUCCCAGAAAAUAUUUUGUUUUAGCUUCAUUUGUUCAUUGUUCUCUGUCGUCCUAUCAGACUGGCACGUUUUCCGUCAAUUUGAGGCUUUCCGCAAAUAUCGCCUCUAUGACGAAGAUGCUUGCGACCGUUUCCUUCAGACUAAUUUCCGUCUUGAUCUUGUCCUACGGAGAAUCUAUACAACUAGAAUAUUUUUUAGUGUUAAUAUGAUAAAAUAAAUUAAUGUAAAUAGAUGUUAAUAUUCUAGAAUAUUUAUAUAUAGAAUGUACAUAAUGGUAUGUACUUAAAUUAACGGGAUUCCCUAGAUCUCACAUGGGCACUAUUUUGCUGGUAGUGUGAUAGGGUAAAGAGAAAACUCAUGUGGAACCGCAGAAAUUGACGGAAAAGAGUGCUAGUGUGAUAGGGCCUUUAUAAUUCAGGUCCUACAUCACUACGUAAAAGUAUUGUUAUUGUAUUUGUCUUAUUCGAAAGACUUGUUACUAUAUUUUGUGUUUCCUUGAAAUAAAUUUGUGGCGUCUUUGUAUGGAUGUCAGUUAAAUUAC